AUGCUGAUCAAGUCAUCUUUAAAAAGAAUCAGACUUUUGGUUUCUUUCCAUACAUCAGUAGUUAGGUUUGGAAGUUCGGUACAACAAGGUCUCGUUUUGCAGUCUGUUUCCAACAAUGUAUAUGAGAACCUGGCUGUAGAGGACUGGAUUCAUGAUCAUAUGAACCUAGAAGAGAGGAACGUUCUGUUUCUGUGGAGGAAUUCACCAACAGUGGUCAUCGGCCGUCACCAGAAUCCGUGGAAAGAAUGUAACCUCCAUUUGAUGAGAGAGAAAGGUAUUGGCCUGGCAAGGAGAAGAAGUGGCGGUGGGACAGUGUAUCAUGAUCUGGGCAAUGUUAACCUAACUUUUUUCACCUCAAAGAAAAAGUAUGAUCGGGUGGAAAAUUUAAACUUGGUUAUUAGAGCUCUUAAAGAAUUGCAGCCAUUUUUGAAUGUCCAAGCAACACAAAGAUAUGAUCUGCUGUUAGAUGGCAAAUACAAAAUUUCAGGGACUGCAUCCAAGCUUGGAAGGACUGUUGCCUAUCACCACUGUACUUUGCUGUGUGGUGCAGACAGCUCUCUUUUACCCUUAGUGCUACAAAGUCCGUACACAGGCAUACAGAGUAAUGCCACACCAAGUGUUCCCUCACUGGUACGAAACCUGUCCCAAGCUCAUUCAUCCUUGACAUGUGAAACUGUCAUGGAUGCUGUUGCCAAACAAUACAGUUUAGAGUAUGAUAACAAGCCACAUGUUCAUGUAGUCAACCCAACUGAUGAAACGAUCUUCCCUGGGAUAUCGCAAAAGAAACAGGAAUUGCGCACUUGGGAGUGGAUUUAUGGAAAAACACCAAAGUUCGACAUUGUAACUUCCUUUGAGGUUUUUCAUGAGGAUUCCAUCAUAGAUGUGAAAUUAACUAUGGCCAUAAAAAACGGAUGUAUAGAGAGUUGCUCUAUUAUACUGCCAUACCAGUGGCUUCCAAAAGAACAGUGUGAUGAGCUGCAAGACAUUUUGGUGGGCAGUAAAUUUUGCUCAAGCGAAACUGUGUUUUUAGUGAGUGCUUUGAUCAGAACUUGUGACGAUUAUGAAAUUCAAGCAAAGUGGAACCUUUUAUGUCAGAAGCUGGUUUCAAUAAUGUGA